AUGUUCGCGGCUCGAAAGCCAGCUUGUAUCGGAAAUUGGUGCAUGUUGCGGUUUUCACUCAGUGCUUUUCGGAUACUUUUCAGCCCACGUCUCGCCGGCGAGAACGCGAAUGUGGCGGGGUUCAUCGACCGCGUGCAGUGCUACCUGCUGGAGAAGAACGGCGGCUCGGGCACGUCGGGCACUUUCAAGACGCCGUACGCGGGCGACGCGACCACGCAGGUUGCGAACUCGGGCUCUUACCCGCUGAGCUUUGUCGGUGGGCUCUGCAACGGCACGGCGCUCGUCGAAAACGACCCGCAUCUCACGGGCGCGCACGGCACGCACUACGAUUUCACCGGGCGCCUCGACAAAUCGUUCUGCCUCUUCUCCGACCGUCGAUUCCACGUCAACAUGCAUCUGAACGGGUACCAAGGCGCACCGCCCGCGCUUCCCGCGUCAGCCAAGUCGAGCGAGUCGAGCACGGAGCUGCACACGUGGAUUAAGGAGCUCGGCGUGGUGUGGAUGACGCCCGACGGCGCGAACCACACGCUGCGGAUGGUUGCGCGCAAGGGCAAGCGGCAGGAGCGCGGAGAAGACGGCUUCGUGUCGCUCAUUGAGAUCGACGGCCAGCCGGCACUGGACGUGCGCGUGCGCGUGGCGCACCCGCUGCUGCAGAUGCCCACCGAGGCGGAGACCCACUUCAACGUGGAACUUUCCGACGUGCUGAUGACGUCAGCCGUGCACGGCGUGCUGGGGCAGACUUUUAGGAACUCCCCCGAGCAGCUGCAGCGCGCGGUGAAGUACUCGCACUUGGCGGCGCUGCUGCACCACCCCGUGGACGUGGAUAAGGCGGAGGGCAAGGGAUUCCUGGACGGCGACGUUGAGGACUAUAUUUCUUCGUCGAUCGUCGCGCCGGACUGCAAAUACGCCAGCUACGGCUCUGCAUAA